CCCGGCGCGCCUCGCCGGCCCGGCCCAGCCUCCGCGGGAGGGAGGCGGGGGAGCGGCGCGGCCUCGCCCACCGCCCUGCCCCCAGCCCCGCCACUCCCGGGCUGCUCCGGCCGCGGCGCGUCCUCCCGCGGCUGUCUCGGAGGGCCUCGCGCCGUGCAGACGCCAUGGAGGUGCUGCUGAUCUUUCUGUGCAGCCUGCUGGCCCCCGUGGUCCUGGCCAGUGCAGCUGAGGAGAAAGAAAAGGACCCCUUCCAUUAUGACUACCAGACCUUGAGGAUCGGGGGACUGGUGUUCGCUGUGGUCCUGUUCUCCGUGGGGAUCCUCCUUAUCCUCAGUCGCAGGUGCAAGUGUGGUUUCACUCCAAAGCCCCGGGCUCCAGGGGACGAGGAGGCCCAGGUGGAGAACCUCAUCACUGCCAAUGCAGCGGAGCCCCAGAAAGCAGAGAACUGAAGUGCAGCCCUCAGGAAGGAAGCCUCCAGAACCUGAAGGCAGCUGCUUGAACCAUUAGAUGCAAAUGUUGAUGCUUAAGAAACCCGGCCACUUCAGAGCUCUCGCCAGGAGGAGCCAAGAACACGCGGGGCCCCCUGCCCCUCCCCACCCCCUCCAACACCUGCCCUCAACUUCGUGAUGCAACUAACGCCCACCUCCCCCACUGCAGCCUGCGGUCUCGUCCACCCCGUGAUGUGCUGUGUGUGUGUUUGAUGACUGUGGUCUUCGUGGCUGUUUGUGGAUGAUGUGUUUUGUGAACUUGGCCUUGCAUUCCUGGGCAGGAGCUGAGCCAUGUCCCCACCAGCUCUUCCCUGGCCCCCUGGGCCCCCAUCACCUCCUGCUCCUGGGAGUCUGCUUUCUUCCUGAGAGACCUGUCCCUUCUCUUAAGUUCGGGGCAUGGGUGGGAGUCUCAGUUGUCUUUGGACUUGGGAAGGUUUACGUCACCUUCCCAGUCAUUCUUCACGGCCCCUCUUUGCUCCUUUUACAAGAACCUUGCUUCCACAUUCUUCCCCGAAUCUGUUCCGAGGGUCUCCUAGCAAUUCACAGCAAGGAGCUGCGGAGCCCAGCUUUGCCUUCAGCAGGCUACACCCCUUCCAUCACCAGUUUCCUCUUGCGGGCUUCCCUGCCCCAACUGCCCAGCCCCACCGCAGAGUGGCCAGGGACUCCAGGCCCAGGGCUUCUAUGCUGCCCCUGGGGCAUGUGCCCCUUGCAUAUCUUCUCAGCAAUAACCCCAUGGGCUCUGGAGCCCUAGUCCUGUCUCCUCCCUGCCCAGCUUCCGAGCCCUCCCCCUACCGCCUGCUGUCUGUGCUCAGGCUCCAGGCCCUGCACUGGGUCUCUAGCAGGUGCUGGGGAGGCGAUCCACCCUGUCUGGGGCUGGGGGCAGCCGGGAGGCAGGGCUCCCUUGCUGCUCUGUCCAUCCCGUUGCUCAGACAGCUGUGACAGCUCCUGCACCCUGUGCUCUGCCCAUUGGGGCGGCGAGUCCGGGGCCUGUGCUGCAGGUUGGAGCCCAGCCAGGGCUCCGCACAGCCCUGCUGCAGAGGGAACAGCAAGAGGCUGAAGGUCAUGGGGGUGGAAGAUUAAACCAGACCCCUCCCCUCCCACCCAUCGUGUUCUCAUGGAAGCUAAACCGUGCCGCUGUGACCGGGACCAUCGUCUUCGUGUUGUGAUCCUUCCUCUCAACAGCAAAAAGGAAUAAAAUACCAUUUGUUUCCUAGUG